AUGGAUGAGGACAACAUGACGAGGAGCGAGGAGCAGGAGCUGAGUCUGCAGAAGGCGCUGCAGCAGUGCGAGCUGGUCCAGAACAUGAUCGACAUCAGCAUCUCCAACCUGGAGGGGCUCCGCACCAAGUGCGCCGCCUCCAACGACCUCACGCAGAAGGAGAUCCGCACCCUGGAGAGCAAACUGGUGAAGUAUUUCAGCCGGCAGCUGUCCUGCAAGAGGAAGGUGGCCUUGCAGGAGCGCAAUGCCAAACUGGAGGGCUUCCCCCAGCUCCUGCACUGGUUCCGCAUCGUCGACAUCCGGAAGGAGGUGAUGGAGGAAAUCGCCCCUGGGCAGCUGAGCCUGGAGGAUCUGCUGGACAUGACUGAUGACCAGGUCUGUGCCACCGUGGAGAAGUUUGGGGCCAACAGCGAGGAGUGUGCCCGGCUGAACGCGUCCCUGUCCUGCCUCCGCAGCGUCCACAAGUCCGGCGGGAGCCUCUCCAAGCAGGACUGGACCAUCCAGUGGCCGAGCACGGAGCCGGGCAAGGAGAACAGCCCCGGCUGCCCCGCAGAGCCGGGACCCUGGGGCAGGACGCACCUGAGCCCCAAGGUCCAGCCCAAGUGCGGGCAGCACCACUGCCACGCCAGCUCGUCCCACGGCCCCAUGUACACCCACGUGGACCGCCUGACCGUGGAGGGCCACCCGGGGCUGUGCCCACCCCUGGAGUCCGGCCACCGCUCCCUGCCACCGUCCCCCCGGCAGCGCCACGCCGCGCACACCCCCCCGCGCACCCCCAACAUCGUCACCACCAUGACGCCGCCGGGGACCCCGCCCGUGCGCCGCAGGAACAAGCUGAAGCCCCCCGGGACGCCCCCGCCCUCGUCGCGGAAGCUGAUCCACCUCAUCCCGGGAUUCACGGCGCUGCACCGGAGCAAAUCCCACGAGUUCCAGCUGGGGCACCGCGUGGAUGAGGCGCACACCCCCAAAGUCAAGAAGAAGAACAAACCCCUGAACCUCAAGAUCCACAACAGCGUGGGGAGCUGUGAGAACAUCCCGGCCCAGCGCUCCCCUCUCCUCUCCGAGCGCUCCCUGCGCUCCUUCUUUGUGGGGUACCCGCCCUUCCUGCCCUCCACCCCGCCCGUCCACACUGAAGCCACCUUCUCAGCAAAUACGCUGUCAGUGCCUCGCUGGUCCCCGCAGAUCCCUCGGCGGGAUUUAGGAAACUCCAUAAAACACAGGUUUUCCACCAAGUACUGGAUGUCUCAGACCUGCACCGUCUGCGGGAAGGGAAUGUUGUUCGGCUUAAAAUGCAAAAACUGCAAGCUCAAGUGCCACAACAAAUGCACCAAAGAGGCCCCUCCGUGUCACCUGCUGAUCAUCCACCGCGGAGGGAGACGAGCCGGUCGGGGCGAGGCAGAUUUGCAUUGCAAACCACUUCCACCCACCCUCCCCCUGCCUCCUUUUCUUUUCAGAUUCCCCACCGCACGGGCAAGGUUAGUCCGGACGGAGUCGGUGCCCUGCGACAUCAACAACCCCCUGAGGAAGCCCCCCCGGUAUUCGGACCUGCACGUCAGCCAAACGCUCCCCAAAACCAACAAACUCAACAAGGACCACAUUCCGGUGCCCUACCAGCCAGAUUCCAGCAGCAACCCCUCGUCCACCACGUCGUCCACGCCGUCCUCGCCGGCCCCGCCGCUGCCCCCCAGCGCCACCCCCCCGUCCCCGCUGCACCCGUCCCCGCAGUGCCCGCGCCAGCAGAAGCAGUUCAACCUGCCAGCCUCCCACUACUACAAGUACAAGCAGCAGUUCAUUUUCCCAGACGUGGUGCCUGAGACGCCGACCCGAGCCCCGCAGGUCGUCCUGCACCCCGUCACCUCCAACCCCAUCCUGGAAGGAAACCCAUUGCUUCAAAUUGAAGUGGAGCCCACCUCGGAGAAUGAGGAAGGCGCCGAGGAGGUGCAGGAGUCCGAGGACGACUUCGAGGAGAUGAACCUCUCGCUGCUCUCCGCGCGCAACUUCCCGCGCAAGGCCAGCCAGACCAGCAUCUUCCUGCAGGAGUGGGACAUCCCCUUCGAGCAGCUGGAGAUCGGGGAGCUCAUCGGGAAGGGCCGCUUCGGGCAGGUGUUCCACGGGCGCUGGCACGGGGAGGUGGCCAUCCGCCUCAUCGACAUCGAGCGCGACAACGAGGACCAGCUCAAGGCCUUCAAGAGGGAGGUCAUGGCCUACCGGCAGACCCGGCACGAGAACGUGGUGCUCUUCAUGGGGGCCUGCAUGAGCCCUCCCCACCUCGCCAUCAUCACCAGCCUGUGUAAAGGACGGACUCUCUACUCCGUGGUGAGGGACGCCAAAAUUGUCCUGGAUGUCAACAAGACGAGGCAGAUAGCACAAGAAAUUGUGAAGGGAAUGGGAUACCUGCAUGCCAAGGGCAUCCUCCACAAGGACCUCAAGUCCAAGAAUGUCUUCUACGACAAUGGGAAGGUGGUGAUCACCGACUUCGGGCUCUUCAGCAUCUCCGGGGUCCUCCAAGCGGGCAGGAGGGAGAACAAGCUGCGCAUCCAGAACGGCUGGCUGUGCCACCUGGCUCCCGAGAUCAUCCGGCAGCUCUCUCCCGACACCGAGGAGGACAAGCUGCCCUUCUCCAAGCACUCGGAUGUCUUUGCACUGGGCACCAUCUGGUACGAGCUGCACGCCCGGGAAUGGCCCUUCAAGACGCAGCCAGCGGAGGCCAUAAUCUGGCAGGUGGGAAGAGGGAUGAAGCCCAACCUCAGCCAGAUCGGGAUGGGCAAGGAGAUCUCGGACAUCCUCCUGUUCUGCUGGGCCUACGAGCAGGAGGAGAGGCCCACCUUCACCAAGCUCAUGGACAUGCUGGAGAAACUGCCAAAGCGCAACCGCCGCCUUUCCCACCCGGGGCACUUCUGGAAGUCGGCAGAGUAA